AUGGGGAACGCUCCUGAGCUGGUUGGUGCUCAGAACUAUGUGAGUUCUGGACUCCGUUAUACGAACUGUGAUAGCAAAGGACUGAGUUCAGUUCCUUCUGGGAUCCCUGACAACACCCAGGCCCUGCAAUUGCAAGGCAAUCGCAUAAAGAGGCUCCCCGAUGGAUUGUUUGACGCAGUGGGGCACAUUUUGGCGAAUUUCCACAUCUUGUAUUUGUCUGGGCAUCUGCUGAUGGUCGUUCCUGAGGGGGUGUUUAACCGGCUGGUGAAUCUGCAGAAUCUGUUUUUGAAUCAGAACCAACUGUCAGCUCUACCCACCGGGGUCUUUGACCAUCUAGUGAAUCUGAAUGAGUUGUAUCUGGACAAUAACCAACUGCAGGCGAUACCGCACGCUGUGUUUGACCAAUUGACUGAACUGACGCGACUGGAUAUGGAAGCUAACCAACUGAAGUCCCUGCCACCAAAGCUCUUUGACAAACUGGGGAAGCUGAUGCGUCUGCAGCUGCAUGCCAACCAGCUGACGACCGUCCCCACUGCGGUGUUUGACCUGAGCACCGCGCGUGACGCCGGGUCGAAGUGCGACAUGAGAGUGCCCCCGGUCACCUUGGCAAUGGAGAUGGCCUGCUGCGUCAUGACCACGUGGAUGGAGGUGCGCUGUUGA